GAUUCAGUUGCAUUUUGUUGCCGGAUGAGCGCUGUUGCUCUCGUAGUGAAAACAUGAAGUGAAUAUUGGAAAGCGGGAUUUAAAUCAGCAAAAACUACAAAAAAAAAAGAUUCAAUUAUUAUAAUUUGCUGGAACAAUCUAUAUUUAUGAAUUAAGAAUUUGCAAAAAAUAGUAAACUCCUACAAUUUGAUUUUAACUUAUGUGUGUGCACGUAUGUAUGUACAUGUGCAAAAAUAUUUACUUACGUAUGUAUGUAUGAUGUAUGUGCGGUUUGUCGUGCAUUGAUUGCUGACGAUGCAAGUUGUCAAAUAAGUGAUUACGAUUGCGGUUAAAGAAGAAAACGAAGAUACAAACAAAUUCUCAGUUUUUCAAUCUUAUUAUUGUUGCGUCUCAUAUGAAAUACCAAUUCUCUCUAAUGCAUAAAAAGACAUAUUUGCGGUCUGAUGUGUAUAGCAAGUCAAAUAUUAUCAGAUUCACUUAAAAUCUUAUCAGCAACAAGUCGCAUGCAUUGACGUGACCAAUUAAUGACAUCAUUGUCAAUAGCAAAGACAUCGACAGUCGAAACGUCAUUAGUUGCGACAACAACAGACACUGGAGAGGAAUUAGACGAGAUGGCUGAGACGAGUGCCGCCGAGGUGGAGGCAAAGCAAAAAAUAGAAAAGGAAGGCAAACUGAUAAACAACAAUAACCCAAUAACCGAUAUUGUAAAAGAAACUAAUGCAAUGACGGUUAAACCAACACCAACAACAGAAACAGUUUCAGUGAGUGCAGUAACAAAACAUAUGCCAGCUACAGCAACAGCAACACCACAAUUCGCUAGUGCGAGUAAAAUACCGCACUUACAACAGCAGCAAUCACCGCUGUACACACAUGGCAGAGAGUUGAAACAGUUAUUGCACUCACCCGAUCCAUUUCGGCGCUCCGUGUCAUUGCGCAUGCGCGGCUCAAAAUCGAACCUAUUCAACAAUUAUGGCAGUCAGUAUCUGGAAAUGGAACGUAACACGCGCCAUUUGAGCAACAUAACAGCACCGACUCCGAACACAACGAAUACCCACUACCACCCACUGACAGGAGUGCUGGAACAACGACAGCAACAACAACACCAUCAGUCACUGCAACGUGACACACACGAACGCUACCCCAUCACAGCCGGUUCGUUUGGGGGUGCAGCCACGCGUCGCAAGGCCGUAGUAUUGCUUGGUUCAGCUGUAUCUACGCAAACACCCGCUGCCACAGUUGGCAAUCUGACGCGCUCGCAAUCGUUGCGUCGAAGUUACCUAAAUUACAAUUAUUAUUCACAGCAAAAAUUGACCAAAACGGAUGCAAUAAAGGAGAAAAGUGCUGGAGGCGUCACAAAAGUUGGCUCUGGAGCUGAAACUGGAGCUGAUGCAGCAAUUACAGGAAUUGUAGUUGCUGAUAAUGUGGCGCCUCUUAAACAAAAUACUCAGCGUGAGAUACAGCAGCCUGCUGGUGGUGAAAAUUGUGCCGUCCCAAAUGGUAGUGUGCAAGGAAAUGAUAUAACGUACAAAGAAGAUGGGUUUGGAGAGAAGAGAAGGAUUGACAAGGAUAUGCAGAGAAUGGGAUAUUUGUUGACGCUGGGAGUUACGAGUUCUAUUGAUUUUUUGACGCCUGUAUCGCAAAAUUUUUCUUUGAAUCUGAACGGUAGCGGCGGAGAACGAUCGACAACUACAACGAAAUCAACAGCAACAGUAGCAGCUGCAGCAGCAGUCGCAGGUACUCCAACAGGAAACGGAAGCGACGCCAAUAGGAUAGCACCAGUUACACCGAAAACUCCUAAUAACGUUGCGGUCACUACGCGCUACGUAAAAUCAUCGCCUACGACUGCACAGGAAACGAAAUUAACACCAAAGACACCGCCUGUCACACCAGAUUCGCCGUGUACGUACCUGGAUGAUGAUUUAGAUUCGAUGUAUUCAUUUGCGACCACCACUUCUGGCCGUUCGACUAUGUCCUGUGAGCAUCCGUAUGUUGCACGCAAUGGUACUACAUUCAGCGGCCGCAAGAUGAAAUAUGUGGUUCAUUGCUCCAACUAUGCUGGUCAAGUGGGACCCGAUUAUUUAACGCCCACUCAGCGUGCUGCACGUCAUAUACGUCGUCUCAAGGAGCUGCUAUGCCUUGCACGACAAGAUCUUGAGCAAAAAGAUUCGGAGAUAUUGCGUCUUACACGCGAAGUUGUUGAGUUGCGCUUGUUCAAAGCAUCGCUCAGCUCACCCGAGGAGCGGUCUGCAUCUAGCGAUGCGGUCACUGUACGCGAAGCCGAACUGAAAACGUCGCAAGAUGUCUCGCCAAUUGUUGAUAUGGUCGAUGAUGCGACCAAAUCGAGUCCACGUCAUAUACCUAAUCAACAUCAUCUUCAUACACAUAGCCAGCAUUUACAUCACACUACACAGUUGACGUCGGAAAUGCAAAGUUCCUUUGCCGAUUCGGGUCAUUUUGAAGAUCUCUCGGUUCACUCGAAGGACUCUUAUGCAGCCCACACGCAGGAUAUCGCAUGUGGCAGUGAUGAAGCAAUAGAUCCGGCAGAGGCAGGUGGUCAUGAAGCUUGUGCGACUGGUGGCGAUGAGGAGGACUAUACUGCCACCAUCAAGAACUACGAGCUGCAACGUCAAGAGCUUAUACGCAUGUAUGAACAGAAGAUUGAAGAGUUGAUUCGUACACAGGAUGGGGCUAGUAGCGAGAUGAAACGUUCACAUAACGACAAAGUGGAGGCGUUACUGCAAAAGCUUGCUGAGUGCAAUACACGGUAUGCGGACAUUGUGCCCGACUAUGAGCACGCCAAAGAACGGAUUAGAGAGUUGGAAAAGCAAUUGGAAGACUUACAGCGUAAGCUGGCCGAACACGAGGAAAAGCAGAACAAAAUGUAUCUGCAUAUGUACCAGAAGGGGCAGGAAGCGGAACGCAUCGCUCGCGCAGAUCAGGCUCUCGAAUUGGCACAUCGAGCACCCGAUAACAAAGUCUCUAUUAAUGAGUUGCUGCAUCAGUUGCAAAAUACCCAAGAUGAAUUGGAAAAUAUACGCGCAGCUGGGUGUAGAAAAGAAAGCGGCAGUAAUCAUGCUCUCCUUACUGCAAAAGAAGCAAUUUCGUUGUGGGUUCUUGGCGCCCGGAAGACAAUUUAUCGUCGAUUGUUGGAAGCGCAAAAGAAUCGCACCCACGUAGAUCCGGAGGUGACGUUGCAGUUCCUCAAGAGCGCCAUUUACUACUUCUUAACAGACAAGGAAAAUUCACAGGGGCAUUUGCAGGCCAUCGAGAGCAUAUUGGAGUUCACUGAGGCGGAGAAGCAAAAUAUCAAUAGAGCGCGCAUGGCCAAGUAAUGCGGAAAAUAUUUAGAAAGAAAACACAGUUACAUACAAACACACAUACAUACAAUAUGAUACGAUAAGUGUAAGCAUACGUACAUAUACACAAGCAAAUACUACAUAGAUAGUGCGUGUAGUUGGCGUAAUCGGAAUUCUUGAAAGACCAAAAGUGAUGUAAAGCAAUCCAAGUAUUUUUGCCGCUUGGUUAAGAAACGUUUUUAAUUAGAAAUGCUAAAUAUUUUCAAAUGCAAAUAUAUGUAUGUAGGAUAAAUAAAUAAGAAAUUACUUAUUAUAUAAUAUAAUAUUCACGUAUGUCGGUACCGCUAUGUAACUGUUAUGUGGGAGGUGAAGAGAAUUUAAGACGGCACGACAGACAUUUCGAAGUGCGAAUUUGAUAACUUUCAUUUUAUUUUAAUGUUUUAAAAUAAAUUUCGUAAAGUUUUUA